CAGCCUAGGCUGAACAUGCAGAUGACAGUCCAGUUUACUCGGAGGGUGAGAAUGAUCCAGUUGUUCCUCCUUUCUUAUCACCCUUCAUGGAGCGAUCCUAUGGCAAUCCAAUUUUCAAAGAAAGGGAUGCAGACCGCAGAGAUGACUUUGCUGAAUCAAGUAAUGUGUUUAGAGGUAUGACUGAGCGUCUGGAUUUAGCAUUCAAAGAAAAGAACCAGGCUAUGCGGAGGUUUGUUGAGAGUCAAGCAGAAUUUUCCAGACGCCAGGAAGAGACAAUUAGACAAUGUAUAGAAGAAAUGAGAUGGGUCUUUGAAAAAGGCAUUAGGGUGAUGCGAGAAACUGGGGAAGAAAGUCGCAGACCACUGCAGGCUGUUUCAGAACAAGUGGUUGAGCAAGUGCGACAGCCCAGACCUGAGAUCCCUCCUCCAGUCCCAGAGAUGCCCAGACAGAUUCAGGAAGCCCCAAUCCCAGCACUCGGGGGGCAAGGGAAUCAGCCUUAUCCCAAUAUUCAACAGCAGCAUUUUGUCAUUGGUGAAGGGCAAAGACAACACCAAUUGAUGGAGGCUGCUACUCCUGUUGCAGACCAUGGCCAUCAACCUCAGCAUAAGUAUAUUCUGCCAGCUAGGAAGGGAAAUGUGGGUCCUCGUCAUCAACCUUGUCCAAGGGACUUUUUCCAGCCACAAGUUCCUCCAGCCCAGCCAGUACGGCGUGGUCUGCAGAAUCAACCAGCUCAAUUCUUCAAUAAAGACCAUGGGCCAGCCUUGAGACCAUUGAAAAAGAUUGAUAAGGACACAUUGAGAUUUCUAGACAAAGCGAAGGAGACCAUGGGAGUGGAUGCAGAUCCUUUUCCAGCUGUGUCUGUCGGCGUGAAUGUUGCAGACCUCAGGAGUGUUGCCAGAAAUCGCAGUCUGCCUUAUGCUCAAAGGAACCUUGCUGCAGAAGACUUAAGGUGGGUUCUUGAGGCGCAGAGAUCCAGACAGAGCAGGAGCGUCAGGUCAGACCAGCAGAGGCUCGGGGGGCAAGAAAGGAUCACUGUGACCAGGAACUUCAGUCCAGAAGGUGCCAGACGUUAUUCAACUGGUACUAGAUCUCCAAGGAUGGUCAAACCGCCACUCAGGUCACCUUCCAGACGGUGGGAGAAAAUUAGUCAUCCCAAGUUUCCAGCCAAGAAUCCCAGAACCUUGAGGCGCAGACUGCAGCGCAAGAGAGCUGAAGAGCGAAAAAGACAUCAGAAGCAGGUGGAGGCUGAGGGAAGUUCAUCUCGCAGACCACGCCAACCUACCAAAAGGAAUAUGGUCUGGAAUGGAUUAAGAGUCUGUGUUGAUUUCCGAAACUUGAAUUUAGCUACACCAAAGGAUGAGUAUCCUAUGCCAAUUGCAGACUUGUUAGUUGAUGGAGUAGCCCGUCACAAAAUUCUAUCUUUCAUGGAUGGUCAUAGUGGGUACAACCAAAUUUUUAUUGCAGACGCAGACGUUCCUAAGACAGCCUUUCGAUGCCCAGGUGUUGUUGGAACUUUUGAAUGGGUUGUGAUGCCAUUUGGUCUGAAGAAUGCUGGAGCUACCUAUCAAAGAGCCAUGAAUGCAAUUUUUCAUGAUAUGAUUGGUAAAUUCAUGGAAAUUUAUAUUGAUGAUGUUGUGGUGAAAUCAAAUGGGGAAGUAGACCACCUGGUUCAUUUGAGGAAGUCUUUUGAGCGGAUGAGGCAACAUGGCUUGAAAAUGAACCCACUUAAGUGUGCCUUUGGAGUGUCUGCAGGUAACUUCCUUGGGUACUUAGUGCAUGAGCGUGGUCUGGAGGUUGACAAGAACAAAGCCAGGGCUGUGAUUGAGGCGAAACCACCACAGAACAAGAAGGAGUUGCAAAGAUUUCUUGGCCAAGUUAAUUUCUUAAGACGUUUCAUUUCUAACUUGGUUGGGAAAACCAGAGUCUUUUCUCCUCUGUUGAAACUCAAGUAUGAGGCGGAUUUUAAGUGGGAAGAACACCACCAGUCUGCCUUUGAUAUGAUAAAACGGUACUUAUCCAGACCACCAGUACUUGUACCGCCUGUGAAAAAUAAGCCUUUAAUUUUGUAUAUAUCUGCCGCAGACGAGUCCAUAGGAUGUCUGCUGGCACAGGAAAAUGAUAAAAAACAGGAGCAAGCUGUGUAUUACUUGAGUCGAUGUUUGACCCAAACCGAAGUGAAAUACUCUUCGGUCGAAAAGUUGUGUCUUGCUCUCUUUUUUGCUGCAAUAAAAUUAAGACAUUAUUUGAUUUAUUCUGAGGUGUAUGUGGUUGCCAAGACUGAUAUUGUCAAAUAUAUGUUGUCCCGCCCUUUGUUAAGAGGCCGAAUAGGUAAAUGGAUUCUUGCCUUGUCUGAGUUUAAUUUGAAGUAUAUACCACAGCGGGCUGUCAAAGGGCAGGCACUGGCAGACUUUCUUGCAGAUCAUCCAUGUCUGGACGUGGAGGUAGAUGAAGAAAAAGGGAUUAACUUGUUUUCAAUAAGUUUAGUUCCCUGGAAACUUAUUUUUGAUGGAUCCAGUACAGAAACCAUGUCUGGAGCUGGAGUCGUGGUAAUUUCCCCGUUUGGGCUGAAAACACAGAUGUCUUUCCAGCUGGAUUUUAAUUGCACAAAUAAUCAAGCAGAAUAUGAAGCUUUGAUUAUUGGUCUUGAGAUGUUGGUGGAGCUUAAAGUAUCCAUGGUUGAGGUUAUGGGGGACUCACAGCUAGUUUUGAAGCAAUUGUCUGGUGAGUACAAAUGUACUAGCCUUGCUUUAGCCCCUUAUUUUGCCUUGACUGUGCAAUUGCUGGAAGAAUUUGAUGACGUGUCCAUCAGACAUGUGCCCAGAGACCAGAACUAUGAAGCUAAUGAAAUGGCCCAGAUUGCUUCAGGUCUGCGAAUUCCUAAAGGUGUAAUGCAGAAAGUUGUAAUAAUUGAAAAACGCAGUCUGCCAUCAAUUCAUCAACGUGGCAUGACUGUCUCCACUUGCAGCAUUGAUGUUACCCAGACGGACUGGCGCUUUCCAAUUAUUCAGUACCUUAAGGAUAAAAGCAUUAAGGUAUCUAGGAAAACCAAAAUGCAAGCUCUCAAUUAUGUCUUGAUUGAGGAUGUACUUUAUAGGAGAGGCAAUGAUGAACUACUGCUGCGUUGUCUGGGUCCAGAUGAAAGUUUCCAGAUGCUGUCUGAUGUCCAUGAUGGGAUUUGUGGUGCACACCAGGCUGGGAUCAAGAUGCGUUGGUUAAUUCGCAGACAUGGCUUCUUCUGGCCGUCUGUCCUGAAAGACUGUAUUGCUUAUGCUAAGGGCUGCAAAUCUUCCUCUGAACUUAAUUCUAUUGUGAAACCAUGGCCAUUUCGACGCUGGGCUAUUGACUUAAUUGGUAAGGUGUAUCCUCCUUCAUCAAAAGGUCAUUCAUUUAUUAUAGUGGCAACGGAUUAUUUUACCAAAUGGGUGGAGGUUAAACCAAUGAAGAAGGUAGACCAAUCUGAUGUAAUCAAGUUCAUCAACGAGGACAUUAUUCACAGAUUUGGUCUGCCAGAAACGAUUACAACAGACCAAGGCACAGUUUUUGUCAGCCAUCAGGUGGAGGCAUUUGCAAAGGAAAUGGGUUUCCGUUUGUUAAAUUCUACUCCUCAUUAUGCACAAGCUAAUGGGCAGGCGGAAGCUUCUAACAAGGUGGUGAUUAAUUUGCUUGAAAAAAUGGUGGAUGACAAUCCCAGACGCUGGCAUGAAUUAUUGUCUGAAACAUUGUGGGCUUAUAGAACUUCACAAAGGAGUUCAACCAAAAUGACACCUUUUGCCUUGACAUAUGGCCAUGACGCAGUCUUGCCAAUGGAGCUAACAGCCAGGUCUUUAAGAGUGAUGAUUCAGCAUAAUCUUCAGUCUGGAGAAUACGAUGAGGCCAUGAUGCUUGAACUUGAGGACCUUGAAGAUUCACGUUUGAUAGCUUUGGAUAGAUUGCAAGCCCAAAAACUCAAAGUUGCAAAGUCUUACAACAAGAGGGUAAAAGGUAAAAACUUGGUAGUUGGUGACUUGGUCUGGAAAGCAAUUUUACCUCUUGGCAAGAAAGAUCACAGAUUUGGGAAAUGGUCUCCAAAUUGGGAAGGACCAUUCCGAAUUCAUGAAGUGUUGAGAGGGGGUGCUUAUUGGUUGGAGUCACUUGAUGGAGAGCUUCAUCCUAGAAAAAUCAAUGGAAUUUAUCUCAAGCCUUAUUACCCUACAGUCUGGGAGGCAAGAGGCUUAGAGUCACAAGAAGCUGUCUGAGCCAGGUUUAUAUUUUUGUCUGUGCAUAAAUAAGUUGAUUUGCU